AUGGAAGUCGUGGGCACCGAGGGCGCAGUCUGCGCAGCCACUAGCGGCGCCGACGACGUCGUGAGCAGCACUUGCAAUGGCGCAGAAGCUGACGCGGUGGAGACAGCCAAUGGCGCUAGACAAGGCCUGGAGCAUUGCGGGAGACGCAGGAGCGCCCUGCGACGCUGGAUCUUGAUUUAUCCCGCCUGCCGGCGGCUCGUCGUGUUGCUGCUGGUCCGCCAUGCGUGGCGCAAGACACUGGAAGCGGCGUACGCGGAUGAGGACGUGCGGUUCGGCAAGAUCGGACGGUUGUGGGACGAGGCAGUGCGGGCCAUCUGGGUUUUGGGCACCGGGUCCAAGUCGGAAAUGACCUCCGUGAACCCGGCACUCAUAAGGGACGGUUGUGAAAAGGCUCGGUGGAUUUCGCCACCGAACCCAUGUCCAGCUGACCCGUAUCAAUCCAGGAUGCUGACCCGUAUCAAUCAAGCAGACUUCAAGUGCGUCAUGGCCGCGAUGGAUCUGGACCACCAACUGUCGGACACGAGCCGUGCGGCGAAGGAAGCUGAGCCCGAGGAAGCUGAGAGAAGCUACGCGGAGUCUGAGCUGAGCCUCGAGUGUGAUGACCGAAGUCCCCGCUCGGGUCGAGGAGCUGAGUGGAGCCGGGUGGAGUUUGAGCUCAACCUCCCCAGUGGUUGUGGGGCCGUCAUCCAAGAUGCCGAGAUGACCUUCACCCAAGUCGACAAGCUGGGCGAGGAUCGAAGGUCUGAUCGGAGCGACGUGGAGUCCGAGGCCGGCGUCGAAUGCGAUGUUUGA